UUCUCCCCGCUAAAACCCUACCAUCAGUCCAUCAGCUAAUUAUGCUCUGAGCCCUCGCAUGUCCAUUGGCAAAAUCAAAACCCCGAACGCCAAACCCCAACUGCAAUCUACCGUCACUGUGCCAUCAAACCCAUUCGUCCUUACGGAAUGGCGGCCGUGUCGAGAGGCCUCGUUUCUCGUCUGAAGGCGCAGUUACUCUUCAUCGGCUCCAGAUCGCGCGCGCAUUCUCCGGCGGCUGCGUACAGCCUUACGGACGUGAAGAUGUUCAGCGCGGCUGCUCAAGAGGUCGAUUCAUUGAGCUCUCGAGUAAUUGAAUUGAAGCCCGGUGUUAUGACCCCCGACUCUAAGCGGACUGGCGCAAUCGCCGUUAAGUGCGGGAUGACGGCGUUGUGGGACAAGUGGGGCGAGAGGAUUCCCAUAACCAUUCUUUGGUUGGACGAUAACAUCGUCUCUCAAGUCAAAACGCCUGAGAAAGAAGGCAUUUGUGCGCUUCAGAUUGGAUGCGGACAAAAGAAGGAGAAACAUUUGCGGAAGCCUGAAGUAGGUCAUUUUAGAGCUCAAGGUGUUCCAAUGAAAAGGAAGCUGAAGGAGUUUCCAGUGACCGAGGAUGCUCUUCUUCCAGUUGGAACAGCCAUCGAUGUCCGCCAUUUUGUUCCAGGGCAGUAUGUUGACAUUACUGGAAUCACUAAAGGGAAAGGGUUUCAGGGUGGGAUGAAAAGAUGGGGAUUCAAGGGUAUGCCUGCAUCUCAUGGUGCAUCAUUAUCACACCGAAGCAUUGGUUCUACUGGCCAGAGGGAUGCUCCAGGAAAGCAUAGUAUCUGCAGUUUGAUGGAUUUCAUUUGCUACUUGUUGAUAUUAUUUUUAUUCCACCAAGCCCAUCUGAUAAUGGAGGCACAUUAUGCACUUUCUUUCUUCAUCUUUCAUAUGUCAAUUGUUGCUUGCCCGUUGCUCUAUUUCCUCACUGGAAUGGUUUUCAAAGGAAAGAAGAUGCCUGGCCACAUGGGUGUUGAGCAAAGAACAGUUAAAAGCGUUUGGGUUUACAAAAUUGAUCCUGCAAGGAACCUAUUGUGGGUAAAAGGCCAAGUUCCGGGUGCGACUGGAAAUUUUGUUUUCAUAAAAGAUGCGGUGUACAAGAAGCCAGACAUAUCUUUGCUUCCGUUUCCUACUUACUUUGUACCCGAAGAUGAAGACCCAGAGAAAUUGGAACCUCUAGUAGCUGAUACUGGUGAUGAGGACCCUUUUAUGAUGGCAGAUUAAGGUUUUGCAGAUGGUUGGCAGCAGAUUGACUCAAUUGUAGUUUGUCAUGUGUAAUUCUUUUGGUUCUGUUUUCUUGAUAAAUGAUGAAUUCAGUGGACUAUAGAGAUGCUUUUCAAAUUUCAAUCAAUUAUUUAAUAGUUCGUGGUUCAUCAAGCCCUAUAAGGUGAACUUUUUGGUUUUGCUGGAUCAGGAUAUAAUUCCGUUGUAUUAUCGAGAAUUUGUGCCAGCUUGUCUUGCUUUGAUAUGUACAAUUUGCAAAUUCCUUUAAUAAGAGUCUUGCAGGUUUAGGGAAAAGAUGGAGAAGUAUCAUGCCAUUAAC